AUGGAUAGAGUUACGUCAAAACGAGUUAAAAAUAAUGUGUUGAUAGAAAAAAGUGGUGACAGUGAGAAGAAGGCCCUUAGCAAAAGAAGGACAAACAUGAAUAAAAAAAAAAACGUCUUUCUAAAUGACGAAUCGAAGAAUGAUGAAGCUAUUAAGAAGAAUUUGAAAAGAGUGAAAAAUGAAAAGAUUUCCAAAAAUGCAAAAGACAAGUUGGAAACCACCUGCUUAAUUAACACCAGAAGCAAGGAAAAUGGCAAAAAGGACACCAUAUACAAGGGGAUAGAAAAGGAGAAGAAAUACCCCCAUGCAAGCAGAGUUACUUCCAUUAAAAGCAACAAUGCAAGUGCUAAUGACGGCGGGGAGAACCGCGUGGGCGACGGGAAAAAUGACAAUGUGAAGAGUUCAAAUUACACAAUUUUGAACUAUUUUAAGAACAAAAGUGCGACCGAUAAGUAUGGCAGUAAGGCGUCCGGCGGGGGAGAGUCGAUGGCCGCGAACGAUAGCGAGGCGCGCAAUGGAGGCAAUAACUGCGCGGACUGCAGCGAGAGCAGUAACGCGCCGAAUCAGGCGGCCAACCAGGCGGUCAACCAGGCAGCCAACCAGACGGUCAGUCAGACGAUCAGUCAGACGAUCAGUCAGAUGACCAACCAAACGGCCAGCCAAACGAUCCCCAGCUACGCGAAUGGGGCGAACCAAUCCAAUUAUCUAAACAUGAAAAACAACAUCGAGCACAACCUGAUGAAUUACAAGAAGUCCAAGUUGAACCAGAUGAACGCCGAGAAUUUCAGCAUGGACUCCUACAGGUCGAACAACUCAUCGAAUAGUGAGCUGUACAUCGGAUCGGAGCACAACAAUUUGUAUGCGAGCAACCAGGAGUACACUAUUGGUAGGUCCUCCAUGCAGUUGAAAGAAGGCAGUCUGCGGAGUAGCACCGGUAGAGGGGAAGGACUGCAUACGAGUUUGAAAAGUGGCAACAUGUUGGAUGUGCGCGGUAACAUGUUGAAGGGCCCCCUGCAGUUGAGCGAUUUGUACAGCUCCAGGAAUGGAGAUUCGUCUACCGUGUUGACUAGGAAUUCGCUAUACAAGUGUAAGGAGGAGCGCGUGGAUCUGGCGGAUCGGGGCGAAAAGGGAUGUUGUGCCUCCGGUGCAGAAAACGGAUUCAUCAUGAGUACCAGCCUGGGAAGCGGCUUGAACGGCCUCAGGGGAAAGGCGAUUUCGCACAUGGAAAGAAGCCGAGGAGGAGGAGUUGGAGAAGUCGGAGGAGUUGGAGGAGUUGGAGGAGUCGGAGAAGUCGGAGGAGUCGGAGGAGUCGGAGGAGUCGGAGGAGUCGGCGUAAGCGACCUCAUGGUGAAUGGCGAAGGAAGGCACAGUGAAACUGGGUACAGAGGCAUCGACAUGAGGCGAAGCGGUGACCACCUCUACAGUUACAAGGAUCGGAAUAAAGACUACCUAGAUUCGAUAAACCUAUCAAUUAAUCGAGAAAACGAAAAGCAUAGAGAACUCCUUGGCAGGUCACUCCCGAGUAGAAGUAUGAUAAACAGCACAAAGUCUGACGAAGAAUUAUUUUCCAAGAAUAUAUUGAACUUUGAAAAUUAUUGCUCGUACAGAUUUAAGAGAAGUAUGAAUAAUAAUCUGAUCAACAACAUAUGUAACAUGUACGAGGAUAAAUCAAAUUUAGAAGAAUUUAUUUCUAGGAAAAGGAGAGAAGGAGGUGUGUGUAAGACGAAGGAGGAUUUUCUAAAGUACAGACUGGAUGAUAGCUCCAUGGUAGGGAAGAACAGAUUUCAAGAUGGGAAAAAAAUGGAGAAAAAGGAACGGGACAGCAUGUCGGACCUUCUUCUUCAUCAUCAAGAUUUGCUCAUAAACAAGAGAGAAAAAAUUGUGGUAAGUAAAGAUGUAGACACGAAGGAAAUCAUCAUAAAGAAAUACAUAAAAAAUUUUUGGCUGCUUAGUCGAAAGGAGUUUUUUAGUAAGUACUGGAAUGCAUCUAUAGAGUUGGAGAGCACAGAAGUGGAGAAACUGAAAGAGUUGAUCCCGUUUCCCGACAAUCAAACGUGCACUAUUGAUGACCUGUUCAGUAAGGACAACGAGAUUAUUGAGGAGGACCAACUACUGAAGGACUACGUUACGGAUGAAAAGCUAAAGAAUUUCCGCCUUGACCUGAUCGAUGGCUUCCUCUACGAUAAGCAGUCGCUCUACGAGAGAGAGAUGCUUGAAAAUGAAAAGAUAUUCUCCCACAUCUCUUUUAAUCACAAAAAUUCUGAGAUCAAAGUGGACAAGCUUUUAAAUUUAUUUCCUCGAGAUUUCAUGAGGAAGUAUAAAAUCGUGAAGAAAUUAGGCGAAGGAGUUUAUGGCAAAGUGUUCAAGGCGGAAUCCUUGGAGGAUUCCUAUUUGCACUUUGCUGUGAAGGUCUUACGUUACUUCUGGCCCAACUUCAAAUACAAGUUUGGCUCUGAGGAGUUUGCCAUUAACGAGUUCAACAUCAUGCGGAUUUUGUUCCACCCCAAUGUAGUGUGCCUGUUGGAUAGCUUUCGUGUGCACACGUAUCGGAAGAGUAAGGUGAAGACUCAUCGAAACCAGAAAACGCGGAAUGAGACGGUGUCGGCUGAGUACGACUUCAGUUUUCAGAGGCAUCGGAAAGUGGAGCGGAAUCAGUAUUCCCCGUCUCGUGACACCAUCGAGAGGAACAACAAGUAUAAAAAUUUAAUUUCGAAGAGCUGCAUAACGAUUGAGGAUUUGGAGAAGGAUCUGGUUAUGUACAACAUUGAUAAGGAGGAGAGCCUGAACGCGGAUCCCAAGUUGGGGGGUCACCUCAACAGGACGGUCAAAAGUUUGCGGAGCUACCACACGGAGGGGGGUAGCGGCACGAUUGGGGGUGGCAGCACGGUUGGGGGCGGCAGCACGAUGGGAGGUGGCAGCACGAUAAGCGGAGGCGGAUGCGGUGGCGUAGGCGUAGGCGGCGGCGCAGGCGGCGCGUACGGGUCGACGAACGUGCGGAAGGAUAUGCGGAAGGAGCGCAGCAACGACCUGGGCGUGUUGCACGCGAAGAAGAAGGUCAGGACGGCCACCUUGAAGUACCCCGCCGCUUCCUCAGGCGCUUCCUCCACCGCUGCGAGAGUGAGCGGGGUGGGCGGGGCUCACCGGUCCGAGCUGCAGAAAAUCAAGACGAACAUGACGAGCAGGGCGAACAUGACGAGCAGGACGAACAUGACGAGCAGGAUGAGUAAAACGAACAAAAGCAUAGACAAACUGAAGUUUAGGAAACACUCGAGGAAGCUGAAGAAGAUAGAGAAUAAGAACAACGACUAUAUUGAAAACUGGGACCUCUUUCUGGUCAUAGAAAAAUGCGACUGCAGCCUGAAUGACAUUUUAAGCAAGGCAAAGAAGAGACACGCCUCGUUUAUUCAGCACAUCAAGCAGUGCACAGCACAACAUUUGCCAAGUGAGCGAAUCGACAUGUCGUAUGACCACAUACACAAUUAUGUAAAAUAUGUGUAUCUGCCACUGAAAAAAAUUGAGAAUCGCUCCUUCUAUCCGGACAUGCCAUCCCUAUCGGAGAUACAAACCAAGGUCAUUAUCUAUCAAAUGCUGCAAGGAAUUAAUCACUUUCACAAAAAAUUUGUUAUUCAUAGGGAUAUAAAGCCAGCCAAUACUCUCAUCAAAAAUAUCAAGUACCUCUCCGAUGGGCUCAACGAUUCAAAGGAAUGGAUCGUAAAAAUUGCUGACUUUGGGUUGGGGGUCUACGAUCACUUUUUAAAAGCGGAGACAAAAGACUGCAAUAUUAUUACCCUGCAGUAUAGGCCACCAGAAAUUCUUUGCAACAGUACCAUGUAUAACUACUCAGUAGAUAUUUGGUCCAUUGGGAUCACCAUGUGUGAAUGUUUGCUUGGAUUUGUGCCGGUGACUUCGAAAUUUGAAUCGUCUGUGCUUUUCAAAAUUUUGGUUUUUCGAGGAAUUCCGGAUGAUGACUUUGACAAUUUGCUGAAGAAGGAGUUCGUCGGGGAGUUGCCUCAGUUUAAGGUGGACCGCCUCAGGAUGUUGGAAGUGAUUUUUACGGAUAUUUAUGGUCGUAGGUUGCUGAGUGAGCAUGGCAUCGAUCUGAUUGACCAGUUCCUGAGCUACGACUACAAGAACCGCAUCACGGCGAACGACGCGCUCAAGCACCCCUGGUUCGAGGACGUGCACCUCUACCUCAACGAGCGCCUGCUCCGCUACUACAAGCGCACGGGCACGUACUACUUCUAG